AAAGCACUUCAGGUACCGCAUACCCUCAUAAUGCACCUCAAGUGAUAAAUAUUCAAACCUAUGAUGACGGAACAACACUCGCAUACAUUGCACGUUUCACUGAUUUGACAAAUAAUCAAACACAAUGCGCAGUAUCAGGAAUGAAUGGAACGAGUUUAGAGCCGAUAUUACUUUUAAGAGUCUUUCAACUAAAUGGAACAGUUAAAGAAAUUACUCCCCGUAUAAAAAUUGAUUUUGUGAAUUUUUGUAUAUUUAAUGAUAAACUUGGAAAUCCACAUAGUCCUAUUACAAUAUAUUCUUUAUAUAAUCAGUUUAUUCUAAUAAGUUAUAUUAAUGCUACAAAUUCAUCUGAUCCUAAAACUUUUAAUGAGUGGGGAGCGGUCAUUGAUUUUGAUGGCAAUAUACAAAGCCAAAUAUUUUUUGGCCCGUCUUAUGUUAAUUAUACCGGUAAUCCUAACGGCAUUUGGAGUCCACAAAGUGUGAUUCAGCUAAACGUAAACAAAAAAUUGGGAUUUCUUAGAUUUAAUACAAGGAACGGAGUUUCGGAUUGGUCUGAAUGGCAACAAUAUUCAAUUAGUAAUAAUGGAAAGUUAUCAAUGCUGAAAAGUGCCAACAUUUCAAUUACCCAAAGUACCCAAAAUGGCACCAGCUCUUACCAAAGCACAAUAAUAUCUACUGUUGAUGGUAAAUAUGCUAUAUUGAAUCUCAACACUUCAAUGAUAACUAGCAACAACACUUCGUCAUUAACAACAUUUGGUGGGCUUGACGCUCGAAGCAAUUUGCCUUCAGAACCUUUUCCUACAACUCCCUUUGCCGCUAAUGUUAUUAGUAAUAAUGUUAAUCAAAACAGCCUUAAUGCCGCAACGGCUUUUAUGAAGAAGGAUAAUACAUUUCUACUCGCUUCAAAUUAUUCAAAUGAGAAAAAUAAUUCUUGGUCUGUGCUCACUAUUCCGCUACCUCAAUUUCAAACAGAUAAAGGUUACGGUAAUCGUCAGAUAGACGAUAUUACUCCACAAAAAAAAGCUUAUGUCAAUGGAUUAACAAAUUCCUUAAAAAUUACUUUUCGUAACCCUGUUAUUUUAUCAACCGGUUAUAUCUACAUUUACAAAGUUUCUGAUAAGUAUUAUAGACAAAAAAUUCAGGGGGCAAUUAAUGAUAAUGAUAUUAUUAAACUUACACCCGAUGGUAAGACCGUCAGUGUAAAGAUUAUUAGCAGCACAUUUAAUGAGUAUGGUGGAACCUAUUAUGUGCAGAUGGAUGCUAAUUUU